AAACCACUUACUCUAGAGUAAGUGGUUUGUGAUGGAAUACUGUACUCUAGUCUUUGCCAAUGACGCUUUUUUGUUCUACUAUUUUAUUGAUAAAUAGUUCAGUGUAUGGAAGUCGUGAUCAAGUUAUACCAUACAAUUUGUAGUCAAUUUUUGUUGACUUCGGAAUGUAAAAUUGAAGGAUAAUUUAAACUUAUCCUGUGCAAGAAAACCUGACCUAUACUCCCUAUGUGGAAAUUUUAAAAAUAUGUUGAAUGAAUCUCUGAAAUCGAUUUGGACAAUAAUUCCUUGACCUCCUUGUGAUAUGAAUUCAAACACUUCAAAUAUUAUAUAUCACGAGAAACAAAUAAGAGAAUUAUGCGCUCUCCAUGCCCUCAACAAUUUGUUUCAAUCAAGGGAUGCAUUCACAAAAUCAGAGUUGGACUUAAUUUGCUACUCUCUUUCACCUGAUCACUGGAUAAACCCUCAUAAGUCAAUUCUAGGACUUGGAAAUUAUGAUAUUAAUGUAAUUAUGAAAGCACUGCAGUCAAGAGGUUGUGAGGCAAUAUGGUUUGAUAAACGAAAAGAUCCUAGUUGUUUGAACUUAAAUAAAAUUUGUGGUUUCAUAUUGAAUGUACCAAGUGAUUAUAAAAUAAGUUUCAUAACAUUACCACUUCGUAGAAAGCAUUGGGUGACAAUCAGAGAUAUCGCUGGAUUAUUUUAUAACUUGGAUUCUAAACUAGAUAAUCCGCUACUUAUUGGACGUUUUCAGGAUAAUGACCUGUUGAAUUACCUGAGAGACGAAUUGGACUGUAUUGAGAAACAGCUGUUUUUGGUUGUCACUGAGGAAGCAGCAAAAGACCAUACUUGGUUAUGUGAUGGAAAUAAUUACAUGAAUACAACAGGUAUCAUAAACAGCAGAGAUUCAGAUAUUGUUCCAUUGAGUGAUAUAAAUAAUGAUCAAUUCAUAAAUUUCCCAGUUGAGAAUUCAUAUCAGUAUCAAAGCUAACUUUUACAUGAAUCAUCUAUAUAUUCGUGAAUAAAAUCUAAAUUAAUGUCUA